CUUCCCUCCAAUCCUCUUAUAUAUAUCCCAACAAUUCUUCUACUCAACCUUCCAUUCCAAUCCCACUUCUUCUUCCCCAACACACUAAACAAACAAAGAAAGUAGAAGAAUCAUGGCUUCUUCAAGUCAUAGUACCUCUCUCUUCUUCUUCUUCGCCUGCACGGUGGCAGCUUCCUUCUGCUUCCACUCCUCCAUGGCCAGAAGCUUCGACGUAGGAGGUAAAGAGGGUUGGGUCGUCAAGCCUUCCGAGUCCUACGACCACUGGGCUCAGCGUCUCCGCUUCUUAGUCAACGACACCCUCGUGUUCAAGUACAAGAAAGGAUCGGACUCAGUGGCGCAGGUGACGAAAGGGGAUUACGACAGCUGUGACGCCAGCAAGAAGCUCAAGGUGAUGAAAUCGGGGACCUCAAUCUUCAAGCUCACGCAAUCGGGACACUUCUACUUCAUCAGCGCCAACAAGCAGCAGUGUCUCGCCGACCAGAAACUCAACGUCCUCGUCCUCGCCGUCCGAUCUCCUAAAACGCCAGCACCGCCGCCGCCUCCUCCGCCGUCUUCCCCUGCCCCUGCUCUGCCUCCGACCGCAUCUCCACCGCCAAGCCCAGCUGCUGGCUCUUCUCCUCCUCCUGCUUCGCCAGCUUCAUCGCCUUUCCAAGGGAUUUCUCCCGCCGGCGCUCCGGCUGAUUCCGGGAACUCGCCGCCUGCGGGACAGCCGGCGGUGUCGCCCGACACCGCUGACCAGACUUCGCCGGCGGCCAAGAGUUCUUCUUCUUCGUCGGCGGAGGCCGCGGUCGCGUCGCUGGCUUUGGUGGCUGUUGGAUUGAGAUUCAUAUCGCUCUUCAUGUGAUCAUAUCAUCUUCCUAUAUAUUGAGUUAACGUUAGAUUAGUGAUUGUGUUUUUCUUCUUCUUCUUCUUCUUCUUCUUCUCACUUUUCGCUUCUUCCUUAACUGUCAUCGGGUGUUUGAUUUGGAUUUGAUUAUUGAUGGGGUUUGUAUGGAUUUGUUGAACUUGUUCAUCAAUGGUGUGACAUAUUUCAUUUUAUCAUUUACAUUAUCGUUUUUGGUUAUCUUACCAUUUUAAAAAAAUUCUGCUUUUAAUGUAUUUGGUAC